AUCUACUGCCCCGCGGAGGCUCGUCCCAUGAGUGGGGCCGCCCGGAACGCAUAGAACCGGGAGCCCCACCCCACCCGGCUGGGGGAGGGAAGAGAAACUGAGAUUGGGCAGAAUCCGCACCACCCCACCACCAGCCGCACUCGAAGGAGCCCCCACCAUGGGCAAUGCGCAGGAGCGGCCCUCAGAAACGAUCGACCGCGAGCGGAAACGACUGGUGGAGACGCUGCAGGCCGACUCGGGGCUGCUGCUGGAUGCACUGCUGGCGCGGGGCGUGCUCACCGGGCCCGAGUACGAGGCGCUGGACGCGCUGCCGGAUGCCGAGCGCAGGGUGCGCCGCCUGCUGCUUCUGGUGCAGAGCAAAGGCGAGGCCGCCUGCCAGGAGCUGCUGCACUGCGCCCAGCGGACCGCGCGGGCGCCCGACCCCGCCUGGGACUGGCAGCACGUGGGCACCGGCUACCGGGAACGCAGCUACUACACUCCAUGCCCUGGCCACUGGACACCUGAGGCACCUGGCUUGAGGACCACUUGUCCCGAACUGCCCAGAGCUUCAGACUGCGAAGAGGCUGGGGUUCCCAGGGGCUCGGAGGCAGUGCAAUCCGGAACGCCUGAGGAACUCAAUCCGGAGCUGGAAGCUGGGGCCUCUGAUGAGGCUGGGCAGGAUUUGGAACCAGAACCAGAACCAGAGGCAGAGGCAGAACCGGAACCUGAACUGGAGCCAGAUCCCGAACCCGAGCCAGAUCCCGAACCUGAGCCAGAGCCUGAGAUUCCUGACUGCCUGAGCACUGACAGGCCGCCCCUGCCCAAGCCGGAUAGGACCUGGGAUCCUGCCCUGGCAUUGGGGGGGGGGGGGUUGCCACCAAGUCUCCAUCUGACCCAGUACCACUAGAAGUGAAUAAACUCCGGACGGUCAG